AUGGCGUCCCUACAUUUCAAUCACACUUCUCUCUUCCAAAAACGCAACCUCAUUUCACACUCCAACCGCCACUCACCUCUUCAUUUCCUCCCACCUUCCCUUCUCAACAACACCACUAUCCAUUCACCUAAACAAUGUAUUAUAUCUUCGAAGCACCGUCACUCAGGAUUCAUACCAGCUCGCGUAGCUCAAAAUCACGACGUCAUUGAUGAGUCUGAACACACCGAACAAAUCCGCGACGGUUUUGAUGUGGACCGAGAUGAAGAAGAAGUGAAUGAACUGGUUGAGCAGAGUAUAUGGAUUCAGAUGAAGGAAAUUGUUUUGUUUACUGGACCUGCUAUUGGACUUUGGUUGUGUGGACCUUUCAUGAGUCUCAUUGAUACUGCAGUUGUUGGUCAAGGAAGUUCAAUUGAAUUAGCUGCUUUAGGUCCUGCUACUGUUUUUUGCGAUUAUUUGGGCUACUCUUUCAUGUUUUUGUCGAUUGCUACUUCAAAUAUGGUUGCUACUGCACUUGCUAAACAGGAUAGGGAGGAAGUGCAGCAUCACAUAUCUGUCUUGCUUUUUAUUGGUUUAUCAUGUGGCUUGGCGAUGCUUUUGUUCACAAGGUUAUUUGGUGCAACAAUGAUUGCUGCUUUUACUGGACCGAAGAAUGUGCAUAUAGUACCAGCAGCUAAUACUUAUGUCCAGAUUCGAGGGUUGGCAUGGCCUUGUUUACUUGUUGGAUCAGUUGCUCAGAGUGCAAGUCUUGGUAUGAAAGAUUCUUGGGGACCCUUGAAGGCUUUGGCUGCUGCCAGUAUUAUAAAUGGAAUUGGUGAUAUAAUUCUGUGCAGAUAUUUAGGCUAUGGGAUUGCUGGGGCUGCAUGGGCUACAUUGGCAUCACAAGUUGUUGCUGCGUAUAUGAUGAGCCAAACUCUAAGCGAGAAGGGAUACAAUGCAUUUGCCUUCUCCACUCCUUCAGGGAAGGAGUUUCUGUCAAUAUUUAGUCUUGCUGCUCCUGUAUUUGUGACAUUGAUGUUAAAGGUGGUUUUCUACUCUCUAAUUAUAUAUUUUGCUACAUCAAUGGGUACACAUAAAAUCGCUGCUCAUCAAGUCAUGCUUCAGAUCUACAUGUUAUGCGCAAUAUGUGGUGAACCUCUUUCCCAAACUGCUCAAUCAUUUAUGCCUGAGUUGAUGUAUGGAGUAAAUCGGAGUUUGGCAAAGGCUCAGUCACUGCUAAAGUCUCUUUUAACUAUUGGAGCUGUAUUUGGGUUGCUUUUGGGGAUUUUUGGAACAUUUGUUCCUUGGUUAUUCCCCUACAUUUUUACACCCGAUCAGAUGGUCAUCAAGGAGAUGCAUAAGAUUCUGAUCCCAUACUUUUUAGCGCUAGUGGUGACACCUGCAACUGUCGGCCUGGAGGGAACAUUGCUGGCUGGAAGGGAUCUAAGAUUUAUAAGUUUGUCAAUGAGUGGAUGCUUUUGUUUGAAUGGUCUAGUAUUACUGAUCCUUAGUAGAUAUGGUUUGCUAGGCUGCUGGUUUGCCCUUGCUGGAUUUCAAUGGGCUCGAUUUUCAAUGGCCCUUCUGCGCCUUCUAUCUCCCAAAGGCGUUUUAUACUCGGAAGAUACAAGCCAGUAUGAGUUGCAAAAGUUGAAGACUGCAUAG